AUGGAGCGAAUGACCCGCUCUAUCUCACGACAAUUACUACGACCUCGCCUUCGAUCUCACUUCUCCAUUCCCCCGCCGCCAGCUUUGAAGAGAUUAUACACCAUGGGAUCCAACAGGCCAGAGCUAAAUGACAAGUCUCUCUUCAUCGAAAAAUGCUACAUUAACGGCGAGUGGGUCGGUGCCCAGUCCGGCGAGACCUUUGAAGUUCACGACCCUGCUACUGGAGCCCUAAUUGGAACUUGUCCCGAACUCAACAGCACCGACGUCCAGAAGGCUAUCGAAGCCGCCUCAGAGGCAUUCCCUAAAUUCCGCACAGUCUUAGCACGCGAGCGUGCGCGCAUGCUGCGCCGAUGGUACCAACUUAUGAUCGACAAUGCGGAGGAUCUGGCCAAGUUAAUCACAUGGGAGAAUGGAAAGCCUCUAGCCGAUGCCAAGGGCGAGGUUAACUAUGCCGCCUCAUUCUUCGAGUGGUUCAGCGAGGAGGCACCGCGUAUCUACGGUGAUACCAUUCCUUCAUCUGUGGCUAGCAACCGUGUGAUCACACUGAAGCAGCCCGUUGGUGUGUGCGGUCUGAUCACACCAUGGAACUUUCCCGCAGCGAUGAUCACUCGGAAGAUCGGACCGGCCCUGGCGGCUGGUUGCACUGUUGUUGCCAAGUCUCCCAGUGAGACCCCUUUCACUGCCAAUGCAUUGGCUGAGCUUGCCCACCGGGCUGGUAUUCCAAAGGGUGUGGUCAACUUCGUUACUGCGUCCAAGAACACUCCCGAGGUGGGUGAGAUUAUCACCACCCACCCCGAGGUGCGAAAAGUUUCUUUCACCGGUUCGACCAAUGUUGGCCGGCUGCUCAUGAAGCAGGCUUCAUCUACCAUCAAGAAGGUGUCCUGGGAACUGGGCGGCAAUGCGCCAUUCAUCGUAUUCGACGAUGUUGAGGACCUCGAUGCUGCCAUUGCUGGUGCUAUUGCUUCCAAGUUCCGCAGCUCUGGCCAGACUUGUGUCUGUGCUAACCGGAUCUAUGUUCAGAAGGGUAUUUACGACGAGUUUGUCAAGGGUUUCACUGCCAAGGUUCAGGAGUUCAAGCUCGGAGCUGGCUUUGGGGAGGGUAUUACCCACGGCCCUGUUAUUCACGAGCGUGCCGCCAACAAGGCCGAAGAACACGUCAAAGAUGCCAUUGGCAAGGGUGCUAAGGUUUUGAUCGGUGGUAAGAAGGCCACUGCUCUGGGUCCUAACUUCUUCGAGCCUACUGUGCUGUCCGGUAUGACCAAGGAUAUGCAGCUUGCUACUGAGGAGACCUUUGGUCCUGUAGCUGGCUUGUUUGCCUUCGAGACAGAGAAGGAGGUUGUCGAUCUCGCCAAUGCCGCUGAGGUCGGUCUUGCUGGAUACUUCUUCAGCGGGAAUGUCCAUCGCAUCUUCCGUAUUGCCGAGGCCCUGGAGGUUGGCAUGGUUGGUGUCAACACUGGUCUUAUCAGUGAUGUUGCUUCUCCAUUCGGUGGUGUUAAGCAAAGUGGCUUUGGCCGUGAAGGCAGCAAGUAUGGUAUUGACGAAUUCAUGGUUAUUAAGAGUGUUACUUUUGGAGGUAUGGGUGAGCCUUUGCAGUCAUAA